CUCAGCCCCAGAUGCAAAUGAGAUCAGUCUCGUUGUACGGGGCGCAGCGGGGGAUCGAGUAAUCUGCAGCGGGCCGGACUCCACCCAGGGCAGGGCGAGCCUGAGAGGGCCAGCAUGGACAGGGUUGACUACCCUAGAGAGUAUGUAGUUGGUUAGUAUUGGCUAAAUUACUAAACUAAGCUAUAUGUACAGUACAGGUGCGUACCGGUCCCGUUCAACCCGUGGAUCGUAGUCAUCUGAAUGGGUCAGGGGAUGUUCCCAAAUAAACAUUACCGUCCAUCACCUGCAGCCACACCACCACCCCGGUCCUGCCUUCCUCCUCUUAUAAGAGAGCUCGGACCUGCCUGACAUCCAGACAUCUUUCAUUCUCCUUGCAGAAAUGGUUGUUCUCUGAUCAAAACCUGCAACCAUUUCUUAUCAUGACCCAUCACCCCCCCGUCAAGCCGUUUGGCUUGACGCAGGUCUAUGCGCCUCCACGCGGGGAGAUCCCCACCGUCGAUAUAGUCUUUGUCCACGGCUUGAACGGCCACCCCGAGAACUCUUGGACCAGCAAGACCUCUGGCUGCUUCUGGCCCGUCGAUCUUCUUCCUGAUGUUCUCGCACAGCUGCGUCCUCGAAUCUUGACCUACGGGUAUAAUGCGAAUGUUGCUGCUUUUACGGAUGGCGCGUCGCGCGACUCGAUCGUCAGCCACGCCGAAACGUUGGCCUCCAACCUUGCCGCAAAUCGAAAUCUACGCAGUUGUUCCGAUCGGCCGAUUAUCUUUGUUUGUCAUUCCCUCGGUGGCCUGGUGGUCAAGCGUGCCCUCAUAUACUCCCGCAGUCUAUCAAACGAGAAGACCGAACACCUGCGCUCCGUGUAUGUUUCGACCUUUGGCAUCCUCUUCCUCGGCACCCCGCACAACGGCUCGGAUGUUGCCAAAUGGGGCCUGUUGCUACACAAGAUUUGCACGGCUGUCCUGCCCAAGAAGGUGAUGGAGGGCUCACCACAAUUGAUCAAGGCACUCCAGACCAACAACGAAACUCUGCAACAUAUUAACAGUCUCUUCGCCGAUAUCAUGAGCCGAUUCCACAUAUAUCUCUUCCACGAGACUCGUUCGAUGGAUGUUCGAGGUACGCGAGAGAUCAUCGUCGACGAGGCCUCCGCUGCACCGUACUUUGAAGGCGUCGAGCGAGGCGGAAUUGAGGCCGACCACAGCCAUAUGUGCAAAUUCGACGAUGAAAACUCAUCAGGCUAUGAAGUGGUCGCUGAAGCAAUCCUUCGCUACUCACGCGAGGCACCUUCCGUGAUCGCUGAUCGCUGGAUUGAAGAGCGCAAGACUCGGAUCCUGGAGAAGAAGGCCAAGGCGCGAGAGAUAUACGAUGGUGCGGAUGACCCUGUCGGUCAAAGCAUGCCGAACUUGAACACGCCUGCUACUGGUCAACUCGUACCGAUUCUCCCUCGAGGGUCUGCCACCAAUGGCCGGAAUUCGCCAGUGUCCGACCCGAGUAAAACAAAUAUUGGGCCUUUAUCUCGCUCGUUGAAUAGCCUUCCGUCCCAAUCGCAAAAAGAACCCGCCCUUUUCGUCGCACCGCCAGGUUUCCAUCCAAAUGCAGCCUUUUUCGGAAUGCAGAAGGAGCUGGAGGAGCUUCAUAGACGGCUUUUCAAAGCCAAAGCACGCGCUGAGCGGACUAUGGCCGUUCUAAUAGCCGGGGUCCCAGGAUCUGGAAAGACUCAACUGGCCCGCCAGUACGUCUUUACCCAGCGUGAGUGCUAUACAGGGGGCGUAUUCUGGAUUGAUGCAAAGUCUCGCGAGUCGGUGUACAAGUGCUUUUGGGAGAUUGCUCAAGCCGCUACCCUUGUUGACCACAAAGAGGCCGAAGAUUCAAAACACCAGGAAUCGCGUACAUACGUGAAUGCCGUUCGGAACUGGCUGCAAUCACGUAACGAAUGGUUGUUGAUCUUUGAUGGAAUCACGUUCGACCACGAUGACGAUAUAAACGACUUUCGGCCGUUUUUGCCUUGGAAUAAAAGGUGCAGUAUCAUCUAUACUUCCAUUGAUGCUACGCUACGGAAGAAGCAGCGCUUGUUUGAGCCAUACUGCCUUACUGUGCCUCGAUUGAAGGUUGAAGACGCCUGUAGGCUACUUUACAAGGAUCUCGGUAUCAGAAGACCUACCCCGGACCAAGCCUCCAAGGCUACAGAACUGGUCGAACAUUAUGAAUGCCUCCCUCUCGCCAUACAUGCUAUAGGACACCGACUCAACGCUACGGGAAAACCGAUUGAGAGAUACCACGUGAAGCACCAAGUCACUGACAAGAAGCUCGCCGAGCCAUUUCUGUGCAUUAUGAACGAUCUAUAUCGAUUGAAGCACCGGGAAGCCCUGAAUCUGAUCAAUCUGCUCUCAUUUCUCGGUCACCAUGUCCCUGUCGGCUUGCUUGUUCUUGGAAGAUCCAUCAUGACGGUGGAGAAUGCAGAGAUCUUGUCUAGUGCUCAAUCUGGGGAGGACCCUGACCUUGAUACCACGCUGGGCACAUUGAUCCACUAUGGUCUGGUCGAGCGGACGUCAGACGCGGAUGUGUUUCAGCACAACGGAUCUGCGAAGAAUUCGAACGAUGAAAUGCACGACGAACAAAAAAAGACUCCUCAGUUGACUGAUUCGUUCACGGAAAGUAGCCAGGAUGGAUUCUUCUCCAUUUACCGGGGCAACUCGCUAGUGGACGUGGUUAAGGUCCAUAGCGUCGUGCAGGGCUUCUGUCGUGAUGAGCUAAAGAUCAAGGAUGAAGAGUAUAAAGAUCUGAACCAGGCACCAGGGUUCUAUGACUCGUGGCUGAUCGUUGCCACUCGCUUCCUCUGCAAAUCUUAUGAGAUGGCCAUGGAGAGAAUGGCUCAUUACCAUGACUGUGGACUGGUCCGUGAUUAUCGUGAAUACGAGACUCACGCAUCUCGCCUGGCUGAGCUCUUUCCCAAGAAACUGGCAAUUGGGAAUCACCCACACGUCAUUCGCGAAGCACGUGAGAGCCUGCGACAACUGAUGAAAAGCAUCAGCAGCGAGAUUGAUCGCAUGUCACCGAGCUCUUCACAAGAGUCGGCUCGUAACCAAAAGUCCGUGUUUGACCGGUCGAGCAGCUCCUCGUCGUCAUUCCCUGAUUCAUCAGCCGACGAAGGCGGUCUCUCACGCCAGUCUACCUGGAACUGGACCGAGUCCGGAUCUGCACGUGCCGAAUCACCGGAGCAAAUGAUGGGUCCUCCUCGUUUUAAAUUGGAACUCUUUCCUCCUCAUAUAUUCCCACAAGCGGGUUCCGAGUCGGAGGACGGUUAUGAGACCGAUGGAGAGGCAAAGGAAGCACCUCGCAUUUCUCCAGCACUCUCGCAGAUGAGCCAAGUCACGGAGAGACCAAAACAGUCCCCCCCCUCAUCGAGUCCGCCCAUUCCUCGUGAGGAUGCGCAUGACUGGCAGCUAGUUGAGCGGUAUUUCAAAACACGUUCGGCGGGACCCAGGCAACAAAGCAAGCGGCCACGAGGGCCGAGUCGAUUUCGGGGUGCCAGGCCAGAUACCCCGUUGGUGAAGGUUUCUCCAAUCGAGGGAAGAGGGUCGUCUAGUCGCAUGUCCUCAGGUCCAAGCGAGAGCUCGUCGAUUUUAUCGUCCGCAGCUGAAGCAGCACUGGCUGCUGUUCGGCGGAUCAGUGGUCAUCAGACAAGCUCAAACUCGGAGGACGUGAGCUCAUCAUCUUCAAACAAACCUCUUUCCUCCAACAAGGAGAAUGUGCCCACAUAUGCGAGUAUCGCUGCGAAGCGGAUCCUAGAGGCAAAUGAGGCUCAGUUGAGACGUCCAGCAUCUAUGCCAGCCCCUUCGGGUCCCGUUGUUAGCUCGGGGCUACAAAUGAAGCCCUCGGUGGAAUCCCUCGACAGUCAGGCAAGCCGUGUCUUUGCGUCUCCACUCUCUCACGAGGUGAUGUCUCACGAACUAAUGUCUCACGAAAUCAUCGCCGAGCCAUUGACUCGAUCAACUUACAGUGACCCUGGACGAGAUUAUCUGGAACACUCGCUCGGAACGUUGGAUCUACAUACUGCGCCUACCUCACAGGUAAACUCUCGUCGUCCUUCCGUACAGGCUAAUAUUGAGCCUGUAAUACGAGACUUGUCUGCGAGUACCCCCGUAUUUCCGUAUGGAAUACCUAUUCGGGAACUCUCCGCAAGCACGCCUUCGCUGCAAUAUCCCCCUCCUUUACCCUAUGAUCAAGAUAUAACCAUCACAAUUCCGCACAGGCGCUCAGUGCCUCAGCGUGCCCCCGAGCCUAUAUUUUCUUCCUCUAUGGCUCCUAAGCACGUGCCGGUAGCACAUCCUUCCGCAAUCAUGCCGGGAGCUCUCCCUUUGUCUGCAACGUCGUCCAAUUCAACAGUUAUAGCCGCCGAGCGCCCUGGGGGUGAAGCCCUCUCUCGUGGAUCAUCUGGGUUCUCACAUCAGUCCUGGGCCACAGAGCCCGUUCGAUCCCCACCACGCUUCUCACCAGCAACGAGCUUCGCCCAGCCUACAGAUAUUACACGCAGUCCAACCCCACUGCAUCAGAAUCAGCACGUAAUUUCCACCGGCGGAAGCUGGCCUCUUGAUCAACCUCUCUCAAGCAGCGCCAGCGCCAUCCAAUCAGACAAUCUAUACCUACCACAAACCCGUGGACGACUAGGCUCAGUCGACGAACGGUUGAGAAACAUGGAUCUAUCCUGGAAUUCAGAGAUUGCCGCCCAAGACUUACGUUUCGGGGGCCACCGUGUCGACGUUCGUGACGCGCGACAGAGACUGCAAGAAGUAGGACGACUUCAGACACCGAGACAUAUGCCCACAUAUCAACUCUACCAUUCGAAUAUGUCGGGUCCCUUGGUUCACGAUGAUGGACAUAUUUAUGCCCCGGCGCUGGCGUUGGAGGUUUAUGGGAUGCGUGCGAGGAGUGGGAGUUCCCCGCCGAGACCGAAUUAUAAUGGGUUGGGUGUGCAGUUUAAUGACCAUGUUUUUGAUUGACUUUUGAUUGAGGUUGGGGUUGGGUUGCAUUUGCAUGAGGGAAGGUGUUGUGUUUCAUUCUUAAAUGUUUCCUUGCUCAUUAGGUUUCUGUUGGGAUUCUGGAUUGCAUCUUAUAUGCCACUAUAGACACCGGAUUUUGUCCGCCGGGUAGGACUUCCUGUUGAAUGAGGGCGAUCAGGCUCAGGCUCAGUGCCCAAGUCAUAAUAUACCAAAAAAGGACAUGUCUUAUAAG